UGACAAAUAACAUUUCUGUGAGUUUGCUAACUGCAGACAAGUCAAAUGGUCAAAACUAAAUACAUUUAAAUAUUUUUAAAUUCGCGGUAUACUCUUGUUUUUACUCAAAGCGCCCCGCUCUGGCGGUAACGUCAAACUGCAGGUCCAACCAGAGGAAGUUACGGUUAGUUCCGUUGUUACUAGACGGCUAACUUGCUAAAAAAGUAAACAAGUCUGCGGAUGAGAUGAAAUACAACUGCGGGACGAAGUAGCAUUUCAACUAUGAAGGAAGACAAGGAAAACGCUAGACCGAAGGAGAGAAAACUGGAAAUAAACUGUGAAGAUGGAGAAAAGACGGAGAAGUCCAAGGAAAAGAAAGAGGCCAUGACAAAGAUUGUGAUCCGAAGAUUACCACCAAGUCUGACCAAGGAGGAGCUGGAGGAGCAGUUACAACCUCUCCCAGAGAUGGACUACCUGGAGUUUUUCUCCAACGACACAAGCCUUUUCCCUCACCUCUUCGCAAGGGCAUACAUAAACUUCAAAAAUCAAGAUGAUAUAGUUCUCUUCAGAGAUCGAUUUGAUGGUUAUGUGUUCAUUGACAGCAGAGGACAGGAGUAUCCUGCCGUUGUGGAGUUUGCGCCUUUUCAAAAGACUGCCAAGAAAAGAAGUAAGAAAAAGGACGCAAAAUGUGGAACAAUCGCUGAAGAUCCUGAUUACAAUAAGUUUCUUGAACUUUACAACGGCGAUGACGACAAGUUGGCAUCAACACCUGAGACCCUGUUGGAAGAGAUUGAGGCAAAAUCAAAGGAACUUGUAGCUAAAAAAACAACUCCACUGCUGGACUUCCUGAAGAAUAAACAGAGAAUCAGGGAGGAAAAGAAAGAAGAGAGAAGAAGGAGGGAGCUUGAACGCAAGCGUCUGCGUGAUGAGGAGCGUCGUAAGUGGAGGGAGGAGGAGAGAAGGAAGCGCAAAGAUAACGAUAAGAUGAAGAGACUUGAAAAACCGCUCGAUAAAGACAAGGACCAAGUUAAAGAAGAACCAAAGAUUAAGCUUCUGAAGAAGCCAGACAGAGGUGAGGAUGCUGAUUCUGAGAAGCCCAAGGAAAAAGCCAAGAAACCAGAGAGGCCAAAUAAAGAGGACAGAUCCAUGGGGAGUGCCGAUCAUAAGAGGCGUCAACACAUUGACAAUAAGGAGGAUCGAGGAAGGAAAGCGGACGAAGACGGGAGGAAGGAGUUCAGGGAGUGUGACCCAGAUCGAGACAGAGAGCGGCGGCAGAGAGAAAAGGAGCGCUUCAGGCGACAGGAUGAAGAUCGGCGAAGAAGGAGAGAACGGCAGGAUGAGAACUCCUUAAGGAAGGAGAAGAGAGAUCAGGAUGUUAAAAAAGAUAAAGAGCGUGCCUUGGAGAAGAAAAAAGGUGAACACAUUGGAGACUCCUCUCGCUCUGAGAGGCCAGAGAGGUCCGAGAGGUCCGAGAGGUCCGAGAGGUCCGAGAGGUCCGAGAGGCCAGAGAGACCAGAGAGGUCCGAGAGACCAGAGAGGUCCGAGAGGUCCGAGAGGCCAGAGAGGUCCGAGAGGUCUGCCAAAGACCACAGGAAGGAGGAAAGCCUGAAAAGAGAUCGACUACGAAACAAGGAUCGGCCUGCGAUCCAGCUUUACCAGCCAGGGGCCAGAAGCCGCAAUCGAGGUGGGGGAAGAGGAGGAGGAGGAGGAAGAGGAGGAGAAGAAGAAGAAGAUGAUGAAGAAGAAGAAGAAGGAGGAGCCGAAUCCAACUCUGCCGACAGGAAGCCAGAUACUGAGACAGAGAAAAUGGCUGACAAAGGAGACGAUUGAGCACAUUUACACUUAUGGCAUUUUAAGUUUGGUGGAGAGAGGGGAGACAGGCCUGUGGGGCUCAGAGCAGCAAUGUGGCGCCUCAGGGUGACAUGCACUGCAGUUCAAGCAUCCGGCUCUCCCAGUCUCAGAGGCAGAGGAAUGAUUGCAGAGCCUAUUAGUGCCUGAUUGUGACCCUCUUUAGUUUUAUUUGUUAGGAAAAAGUUUGGCUGUAGGGCACAUUGGGUGAAGCCAAAGCUUUCUUGGACCACGUGAACUCAAAGUGACCUUAUUUCAGUAUUGUUUCUCUGAUGUUAAGUGUUGAAAACAUUUGCUUUCAACAUAUAAAUCUAUAUCACAGUUGUUAACUUCCCAAUUACGCAAUAUAUCAGCAUUGCCAUCAAUAUUGUUUCUACACGGUCUUGAAUGAGAUUUCUGUUGUAGCGUUGACAUUUUCCGUUUGAAGUGUAUACAUGUAAAUCUUCCUCUGCCUGGGGAACUUGUAUUAAAGCUUUUCAUGGUCUUUAAUUCUAAUAUUGUUUUAUAGGCACAGACCAUAUGCUGCAGUAUAUAGUCUGUACUUACGUGGUGUGGGAUCAUGUGUUUUGUUCAUACAGUGACUGAGGAGAAAUAGCCAUUUCUGACUAGACUGCCAUGUGACAGCUACGCCUGCAUGCAACUUCAAUCAGCAGGAUCAACCUGUGGCCUCCCCCCUCCUUUUCUAAUCUGAAACUCCCCUAAAAUAUUAAUGUGUGAUGCACCAAACUGAAUACAGCAUGAGAAUGAUGCUAACAUACAGAAGCCAAUUUUUACUGGAAUAAAAGAGGUCUUUGCUUAAGUGUA